AUGAGUGGAAAGAUGUUGAUGUGAGCUUUACUACUCAUAGUAUGACCCUCAUGGCAGAUUGAUCCAGAAAGAUAUCUUUUGUCAAUAUAUUCCUCUGAUUGUAGAUCUUGCCUUGAAAACAGCAGCCAAAAAUGGUGCGUCCUCAGAGGAAUUGAAGGUAUUGGAGAGUGAUGUUCCGUCAGCGAUAAUUAUGAUUACUGAGAUGGAGGAGAUAUAUUUGUAUGAUCCAAUGAUCCAAAGAUUGAUGGGACAGCUGGCUCUAAUACAAAUGGAGGAUAUAUCUUAUGUCCUUCCUUUUCCUCAGAUUGUGGAACUCUAAAUCGAACAGUGAGCUACACAGGUAGCAAAUCAAGUAUCUCAGAGAACUUCCUGCCAUCAGACGUUGUAUGUGUCUACAACAUAACGUCAAAGUCUUCCUUUGCCAACAGUCUUAAGAUUGAUGUCAUCUCCGCUGUUAAUGCUGAUAUUACAAUCUUCACAAGCUCUAGGGAUUAUGAUUAUGAUAAGAAAGGUUCUAUGGAAAGUGGGAGUUCUAAAUCAGUCACUUUGGCUAGAAAUUCUUCAGUGUAUAUAGUUGUUCAGCCUACUUCAAGCUCUAAUAGGAUUGACAUUGACUAUAAAGCACAAAAGACAACCACAAACUUAGGUUCUGGAGCUGUAAUAGGAAUAGUUAUGGGAAGUUUGUUUUGCUUCAUUAUUAUUGUCGGAAUCCUAUUAUCAGUACGAUACUGAAAUGCAAAAAAUGCUCAUAGAAUUAUGGAUUACCAAGAAAAUGAAAAUAAUAGGGCUGUUGCAACAAUUCAAAACAACCCUCAACCUGAAGUCUUUUAUGAACCAAUUCAAGCCCCUGUUCCAAUACAACAACCUCCCAUUACACGGCCUGCUCCUGUCCAAAAUGUAUACCUCAUCCCUUCCAACGAUCCCAUAAUCCAACCUCCAAUAAUAUACGCAGACCCAACCAUCAAUCCAAACACUAUCAACGACCCAAACUGCACCAUGCAGCCAACCCUAGGCAUUCCUCCCUCGAACCCUGCCAUAAUCCAGACCCCUAUAACAGGAAUCCCUCCACCCAUACUCCCUGAGACCAGAAUGGGUUAACAAUUUUAGAACAAAUUAAUCUAGAUUCAC